AUGCCGAGCACCUACGUAAUCGUGGAAAUAAAAGAGAAAGACGAAGUCGCUAAUGUCGUCAGUUUACUAGUAAGUUUCUUUCAUUAAACUUGUGAAAAGAAUUAAAUUAUUCUAGAAAAUGAUUCGAAAAAUUUUUGUUGUGUCCAAACCAGAGCUUUAUUUUUUUACUAAUCAUUAUUAAAUUUAUCUUUAAAAGUUUAAAUCAAAGCUAUUUCAGAUCAACACCAACUGCCGGUUCACAGUAACCGAUGACCUCGACGAUUAUGCCAAAAGUCGAAAACCAAAUCUCAUGAAAAUGCAAAAAGACGAGAAAGUCGUCAGAAAAAAUCCAAUUUAUCAAAAACUGAAUCUUCUAAAUAAUCAAAUGCUCAAUGGUACGGUCCCGGCGGAGAAUACGGUCAGAACUAUUGUCAGACACGCGAUUCCGUCUCUCAAUACAACACCGACGCCUCUUUUUCCAGUUCGAAGUUGUAAGUUUGAAACACUUUUCUCUUUUUUUUUUCUGUAAUCGUAUUAUUCAUCAAGUUCUUCAAUUUCAUUUUAGACAUUCAUUCUUUCAAACUUGAUUUUUUUUUUAUUACGCUCUCCAAUUUUUUUAAAAUUGCUUUUUCUUUUUCAUUUUCUAUGAAAACCUAGGAAAAGCUUAAAAAUGCGAAUGAUUUUCGUGAAAACUACUUUGAGCAUUAUGAGAAUUAUUCCGAGCAAUUUUUAAAGAUUUGGAAUUUCUGAAGUUUUAUAGACAAAAGAGGACUUCCGAAAAGAAGCCUGCCGCAAACGACGGAGGUGAUAAAAGUGAUGCGAAGUGCUGAGAAAAGCCCUGAAGUAGCCACUACAUCUGAACUUACAAUUGCCGAGCCGUCAAUAGAGGUCGAAGAGGAGAACGACGUCAAGGUGUCUAUCAGUCUCUGCCAAAACUGUUGCUAGAACGUAGAAGCACAGAAAAAUUUUCUGUAGGUCUCCUCGCAAAAAGCUGUUUUAGUAGUAUUUCAAGGCAUUUGAGAUUUUCCCAUCUUCAGAGCAAGAAACGUGAUAAGCUGGCAUGAUUCGUCCUAUAUUCAUUGAUUGAUUGCAGCCAGACUUGCUGACGCUGUUGGGAGGGGACCAAGGCGUCGAGAACAACUCGACGCUGGAGGCGAUUCUGAAGACGGCCCAAGGGCCACAGCCGGAGCAGGAGACGCCUUCGUGCAAGGUGGAGAGCAGCGACGAGAUGGAGCCCGAGUCUGAACUCGGCGCUCUCGACCCGGCCAACCUCCUCAAGUUCUACAACAACAGCGAGGCGAUGCGGAAUCAUCUGACCCGUCGUGGCGUCGCGGCCGGCCUCCGCGAAGAGGUCAAACGCAAGCGUCCCAACCAGUCAUUCCAGUGCAAGGUGAUCGAAAACAACGCUAUCUGAUGACACAAGAGCUCCAGAAGAUAGAGUCAGAAGGGGUGCAAUGUUUUGGAAAAUAAGGAAAAUGUGGGAAAAAAAAUUAUGAAAAGAAUUUGCGAAGAAAGUAUAAUGAAACUUCAAUCUAAAUUUGCUCUUGAUUUUUUUUUUCCUUUCAAAAUUUUUUCUAUAGUCUUGGGUGAGCCAUGAAAAAGAUUAAAUAAAAAGAAGAAGUCUAGAGAGUCUUGAUUAAUUCUAGAAAUUAUGAUUUUUUUCAAAAUAUUUUUCUUGUUCUUUUUUUAUGAUUAGUAUUGGAAUGAAACAUUUUUUUGAAGAAAAAUAGCCAGAAUUAAACGUUGCAUUUAAAAAAAUCACUCAGAAACUCAUGAUGGAUCGAAUUGAAAGUAUUAUUAUCAUUUUUUUUCUGAAAAUCAACCUAAGGCGAAAAUUAUUUUUAGUUCUUUCCAUACAGCCAUCAUUCAGCAUCUUAUACUCAUAUUUCAAACUCAAUUUUUUCAGAUGUGUAGAGCUCACAUAAAAGUCCGUGGUUACGACUAUCACAAGCGAAGCACCCACGCUAUCAUCCAUUCGGAAAUUUUGAGGUUUAUAAUCACUUUUAUAAAGAAAAAUGAAUUUCACCUAACAUAUUCAGGUACAAAUGUCCCUACGAAGGGUGUACGUUCAAAAAUAGGCACCGAUCCGACAUUUGCCGGCAUUUGAGGCUCGCCCACGGUCUCGACCCCAACUAUCUUCGGAUUCCUGAGUGCAUGUGAGUUUCCAAAUAUAAAAUGUCAUUAUUCAAAUAGAAUCGGAUUAAUCGAAAUGUUCGAAGCCAGUUUUUUUUUUCUAAAUGCUCUAAUUUAAUAUCACGUUGAUAUAAUUUCUUUUUUUAAAACAGCAAAGAUCGCAUUUUGUCUUUCCUAACAGUUACUGUGACUUGAGUUUUUUAGGGAGAGAAUGCUGACAAAAGGACUUUUUUUCGCUUUGUUGGAAGCGAGCCUUUGAAAAAUGUAAUGUUCAAAGCUGAAUUUUGGCGACUUUUAGAGGUUUUUAUCUAGGCCCUGUUUAACAAGCAGAAUGUUUUUUUUUUUGAUAUGGAAUCUGAAAAAAUCUUUGAAAACUCCGAACCUAGUUCUGAUCUAAAAUUCUCUCAGGACGGAAGAAGAAGGGAUCAAACUGCGCGAAGUGGUGCUCAAGUGCUUCCCGGAGAUGGCGCCGGCGAUGAAAGGCGAGAGAACUCAGAUGCGGCUGGCCGACGUCGACGCCGCCUACCAACUCAACGCCAACUGCGACGACGACGCGUCGCCAGUCAAGCAGGAGGAGGAAGAAGAGGAGGAAGAAUAG